AUGGCUACAUCACCAUCUCUCUUCGGAUUGCCCAACGAGCUCCUUGCUAUGAUCAUUGAUAGUGACGAUCUCACUGUCAAAGAUCUUGCGAAUCUACGUCUUUCUUGCAAGCACACCAAACACUUUGCUUCGAGUGCUCUCGGAAAGCGGAUCUUCGUCGACUUCGAUGUUCGGUACACGCGCGAAGCAUUUCACUGGUACACAGCUCUUCUGCUCUCGGAUCUAGGCGGCUAUGUACGAUCCGUGUCUUUGAUCAGUUCUGGCCCUAGACUCCAAAGGUCUUACCCACUCAGGAAGUACGUUAAGAAGAAGAUUGGAAAUGAACCUACGUACUCGCAGCUGCAACACCUAACAAUUCAGUGGUCUGGCGGACCUGUUCGUUCGUGGGAGAGGGCUGUGUGCGCGGCGAGCCAUCUCAAGACCCUCAGACUUGCUAUCCCUGAUGAAAUUUUCAUGCAACUUGGAGUUUUCCGUCACACAUUCGACAGAAAUGAUGAGCUUUUGGGUAGCAUCAAGUCCGACUCCCUCAGUACUGUAGUAUUGGCUCGCCUCCAUGUUUCUGCCAGUGUCCUCAAUCAGUUGCUCGACCUUCACAAGGAAACUCUCUCCACUCUCGAAAUCAGAAGUUGUUUACUCGUGGAUGGGAACUGGCUCGAGAUGUUGGAGUGGAUCAGGUUGAACCUCUCACAUCUUCAGACUCUCUAUCUUGACGUUCGCCAUGAGGCUGUCAAGAAGAAGCUUUCUCGCUACCAGCAACACACAAUUGGCAUAUCAUACGGCAGUUCGUACCUCGAAAGUAGUCCGUAUGCUACUAAAACAUACGAGGCUUCUCUCAGACUCAGGUUUGGGAAACAAAAAGACAUCGAAGAUGGUUUGUUGGCAUUUUUAAAAGCACAAGAAAGAGAUCAGGCUCAGUGA